AUGUCCCAUUUUGUGCUGUUUCACUGGAUUAUGAUACAGAUCUUUAUAGCACACACUGCAUCCCAAACUGUUAUUAGAGGAGUAAUAGGGCAACCUGUUCAGUUGCCUUGCUUCUACCACGUGACGCGACGUAAGGACAUCUCCGAUAUGUGCUGGGGCAGAGGUCCGUGCCCAAAUUCAAAAUGCAAUAACAAAAUUUUGCACACCACCGGGACAAGGGUGACAUUCAGAAAAUCUCAGAGAUACAGUCUCCAGGGCUAUGUUUCCUAUGGUGAUGUGUCUCUCACAAUUGGGAAGGUGAAGGCAGAAGAUGCAGGUACAUACUGCUGCCGCAUAGAGAUCCCGGGUUGGUUCAACGACAUCAAGAAGAACAUGCAGCUGGAGGUGGUCAGAGCCCCUCCAGUGAUGACAACCACCACAAGAAAGGCUCCUGUUUCCCCCAAAAGUUUUAGAAAACCAACUUCUGCUCCCCAAUCAACCUCUGAUCAUCACACAACAGCAGAGAUCACUACCGCUGUCCUCCUGACGACUGCUGUCCCCGAAGCAACAAGUGCAAGCAUCAAGUCUCCAGCAGUGAUUACAGUGGAGACCAAUGCUCUCCCAACAUUUGCUGUGACAGCAAAUGAUACUUUUCCAGCAACUAUAGUGACAACCAGUGCUCUCCCAGAUUUUCCAACUGGUUUCCAAACAACUGACAUGAGGACUAAAGACGAUGAUGUGUUCUGCUCAGCAGAGUCUGUCCCUCUUCCUGGAGAUACAGAAGUGACUACUGAAUUCCCAAGUGCACUUCUGACUGCAGAGGGAAUUAAAAGUGCUCACCCUUCUCUCGUCGUGGAAGACGUGCUAACUGUGGCAACAACCCCACCAAUGCCAACCAUGCUUCAGACCCCAGAGAGAACCCUUGCUCCUUCAAGGAUUUCAUCAAAUUCAGACAUCAAGGAUGAGAAGCACAAUGAUAACGGAGAUAAGUUUCCCAGCUACUCCAUUCUCAUUGCCUGUGUCAUAGUGGUGUCCAUUCUUUUCAUAUUGAUGCUCUCGUCAUUGUUUUGGAAACGUGGACACACAAAGAAGUUUAUAAUAAAAAGCCUUGGACCAGUGGAAGACAUUGAAAAAGUUUUCAGUGAUGCUGAAGGAGAAAACAGCAUUUUUUCCCUGUGA